AUGGAAUUAUCGGCUAAGGAGCACUUGGUUCGUUGUUUAACAGAGGAGGACGAUUACGCGGUCGGGAAAGCGCAUUGUCGAUUGGCUUCAUUGUAUCCUGAUUUCGAUUUAUUGCUAUGUGAUAUCACCGAACUACGAUUUUAUAUGAAAUGGAAUCGUGCCACGGAAGCUGUCCCUGUACUGGAACGACUUGUAAAAACACAUCCAUCGGACGAAGCCUGGACACUGAUACAUCAUCUUUUCCUGAAAGCAUCAUCUUCAGAGAAUUCUACUGAAAAAGUUUUGUUCACCGAAGUAUCAAACGAUGCAUUUGAAUUCAUCAUUGGUGGCUUAACAAAGCGUUUCGACAACGACGAUCUUUUGAAAACAAAAUUACUCCUUUUUUGUCUACGUAAUGCCGAUGAAAACAAGUUCAGCAAACUGUUGAAUCGUGCCGUAACAUUUAUAACAGAAAGAGCUAGCAAUGACAAGGAACUCGAAAGUGGCAUUGGCAAGUAUCAUGUUUACUUAGCAGUCUUUGUUGCUCCUGCUCUCUUGAAGCUAAAUUUUGCCAAUAUAACAGUGAGCAGAGCUUUGAGUAUUGUUAUCACGGUCCUUCAUGUUGGAAUCGCUUGGCCAGAGCAUAAUGGUACCUGGACUAAUCUUUUGCGGGCAAUCUCAGAAAAUUAUGAAGCCGAUGCACAGCAUUUCUCACAGGAGAGCUUUAAAAUAGGGGCUGCACUGUUCGACAAAUGUGUCAUUUUGUAUGAUCUUGGAACACCUAUCAGUUUAUCUUUAAAUAUGAGUGGAUGUAACACUCUGUCAAAUAUCGUGGACAAAGCUUGCAGUUUAAAAAGUGAAGCUCGUAGGAUCGUAUUUCCAUUUUUUAUAUGGUAUGCUUAUAAGCAGUGGAAAGCAAAUAUCCGUGAAGGUGAAGUACUUGCUUGGAUCCCAGAAGAUAACUGGGCUAUGGAUGUCGACAAAUUAUUGAACAGUAAUACUGAGUGUUUAACCCCUUCAAAAAAGACAAAGCUUAAAGAAAGAAAGGAGGAGGUAGCAACAUUUCAGACAGAGUAUUUGAUGUCAUCACGACGCGAGCUAUGCGAGGCGUACGAACUUUGUUGUGCAGCAGUCUGUGCAUAUAUAAUGUCGAUUUCUACAGAUGUUGUUGCUGAAAGUCUGUAUUUUACUGCUUUUUACAGUGACAUACGACAGCUCAUCACCGAAUCUCUAUUGUUCAAAUGCAAAGUCAAUGAAUUAAUAGCGUAUGCUGAUGAUCAGCUGGGAAAUGGUGAUUCUUCGACCAAAACAGUGCUUUAUUUCCAACUUGCCUGUGCUCACUGCUUAGACCGGAGUUGGCCUGAUGCAUGUGAAAACGUGAUUCAUAUGCUUAAUGUAGGAACAGAGGACGAUAUCGGAUCAAAAAUGCCGAUUUCCGACAUACAUUCGUCAAACACAUGCACUAAAAACGACUCUAACACUUCUAACACUCAGCCAACUUUCAUAAUAGUUAAACAAGAACGAUUAAGAAGAAUUGUGUACGAUAUUGCGUAUCAUAUUUUAUUUCGGGUUUAUACGUCAACAACGAUGGACCACGAUAAUGAUCAGUUACUGGGCGCUCUUCUUGUAUUAUCUCAGAUCGAUUUUGCAACGAAAGGGUAUCGAUGUUUUAAUCGCAUCAUGCGACACGUGGAAGCAAAGGGAUCGCUAAGAAGUGCCGGGCUUGUAAAGUACAUAAGUAACAUAGCAAUUCUAGAAGAACUAUCAAGAAUCCAGGAUUACUGCUCCGAAUACGUUUCCAUACAAAUAGCAAUACCACAAGUGCAAAGAAGGAUAGGACAGUCAACGCGUCACAGUAUAAGAGGGACAAAAGAUGGUCAAAAACAGUCAAUAGAAGAACAAAUAAAAAAGUGUGGGGAAAAUCCAUAUGUUACAGUGUCGACGUAUUUUAAUGAAAACAAAGAGGCAAUAUUGAAAAUGCUCGGAGCUAAGUUUUAG